AUGUCGAGCAAUGAUAGAAUUUGUGGAGGUUGUCGGAAAUCCAUCGAAGAUAAAAGGUUUCUGAGCUGUAGUGCCUGCGGACUACAUUAUGAUUUGGAAUGCGCCAAUGUCUCAGAACAGCGGUUUUAUAAUACCAUGAGCAAGGAUCACAAAAAAGCCUGGAAAUGUGUUAUGUGUUUCAGUCGGCAACCUAAGGUUGACAACACUAAUACACCUGUUCGUGGAACUGCCCUUGGGGUCACGGUACAGCGGGGUGCUGCUGUUGAGUCUCCGUCUGGUCUAGACAUGGAUUAUUUAAACGAUACUGCGCAUAAUAUUACUAUCGAAAUCACAGAUUUUCAGUCGUUAGUUAUGGAGAUGCGAGCGUUUAGGGAAGAGAUGCGGGAGGAAAUGCGCUCUGCUCGCCUUGAAACAAAACGGUUAAAUGAUACUGUGGCGGCGCUUACGGGUAGGCUCACAGAGUGCGAAGGCCGAGUUGCAGUUCUUAAUGAGCGAGUGAUUACACUUGAAACACGACUCACUACUGAAAAGGUGGACAAUGCUUCGCUUAUUGCUGAAAUUGACAGAAUGAAAUCGGAACUAAAUGAUCGAGAUCAAGAUCUAUUGCUUACGGAGCUUGAGGUGACUUGCAUACAGGAACAGCCGAAUGAAAGUUUGCUACAUAUUAUCGGUACGGUUGCAACUAAACUUGGUGUUCAUCUGGAUGAACAGGAUAUUGUUAGUGUAGUGCGAGUGGGCCGUGUACUAGAUGCAUCCCAGACUUCUGCUGUGCCUCGCACGCGUCCAAUUGUAGUGCGAUUGGCACGACGUGCUGUACGUGAUAAACUGUUGGAAGCUGCAAGAGUGCGUCGGGGUGUUACCACUGAGGGCAUGGGUCUUCCCGGUAAACCUGCUCAAUUUUUUUUAAAUGAGAGACUGACUAAAUAUAACAGAAUGUUGUUUCGGCGGGCGCGACAGAUGGGGCGUGAGCGGGGAUGGCGUUUCAUCUGGACGAGGAAUGGCCGAAUUUUUGCACGUCAGCAUCCUGGAGUCGGCUCCAUUCGUUAUGGUAUUCGUGCUGAAGCAGACCUUAACCGUGUUUUUGGCCUGGAGGCGGGGCGCUUUAAUAACUAA